UAGACCUUCAACCACGUUUAUAAUACAUCCUAUGGCUCUCUAUAAUUUUCUACAUAAUCCCCACAAUUUGACUUGCGAUGAGACCAGGUGAUAAGAGUCUACCAAACGCCAAAACCAGCGACGACCAGUUUCGAACACCCAAUAAACCAGCAGGCCCUACCACGACAUCUGAUAGCCUGAGGGGAACAUCGGCGGCAGAGAAGAGGAUAGAGACGCCUGCAUCUUCGGAUUCUACAUUUAGGUCAUGGAAGAGGACGUCCUUUGCCAGUGCACGGGAUCAACCGACUCUCACGCAGAUCGACUUCGUGACACUGUCGCAGCCUCAAUCAGAUGACGAUGACGAUCUCGAUUAUAUCGGUGAUGCACCGAAAAAGGGCACCAGGAAGUCCCGUGAGGUUAUCGAAAUAGCUGAUGACUCGGGGAAUGAUGCUGAUUAUCGACCGUCCGAACGUGAGCAGGCUCCGCGAACCCGCGGUGUCAAAUUCGACCAUGACACAAGUAAUCCUGCGUCUAAGAAUAAGAUGACUAGGCAAAAUGAUGGUCCGUCGAAACGGGGUCGGAAGAAAAGUGGCGAUGGUGCCAAAGGUGUCAAGAAGGGCAAGGAAAAGCAACAGAAAGAUAAGACGCUGACGCAGAUGGAUUAUGUACGACGGUAUCUGAAGAUCGAGCCUUAUGAGGAUGUGAAAUUGGAGUAUACGUAUACUACUCCACAGAAGCAUGAGCGAAAAUCUCAUUCUGUGCAACCUCCGAACACUGGAGACGCGCCGCGCACUGCCUAUGAUACACAUGCCAGUUCUAGCGAGUCAAAAAGACGGAAACUGAACGAGUCGCGAUCAAACGAAAAGCCGGAAGUAACGGAAGACCACAAGGAGCAUCAAUCAAUUGGAGGUCCAGUUACGCCGCGAAAGUUUAGAAAAUCUGAAAUACCAUCCUCCCAGUCACCGGAGAGUCCGGGACUUGCAAUUAUCUCGUCGUCGCAGUUCCGUGGUGCGACUCGUUCUCCCUUGAAACGGGCUUCCCUGACCCCAAUUUUUAAACGCACCAAGGAAGAAUCGCCUAGCUGCGAUAUAAUAAAGAGACCCCCGCAAAGUCCGGUGCGGACAUUAAUUCCCCACGAUACUCCACCACCUAUGAUGCCCCAUUCUCCGCUAUCAAGCAAGCAUAUCUCUAAGGAAAUUUUAGAGAUCAAUGCAUAUUCUACACAAUCCCCAUCUACGAAAGGGUCAAUAACUCCCAAAGACACGGAUAAGGCAGGAGGUGAGGAGUUGCAUGAACGCCCCACGACUACACAGAGGACCGUUAUUUAUGAAACAGAUGCCGACACGGACAGUGGAGACUUACAGGACGAUGAAUUCAAUAUACCCGGUUCACCUUCCGAGAAGGUGCCUGCGGAUCAGUACCAUACUCAUGAGGAGAAAGAUGAUGAUGACGACGAUGUGCUGCUAAAUGAAGAUUCUCAAGACCUUCCUCCAAUCCCUCAGUCCGGACUAGAUAUUGAAUCCGGUCCACUACAAUCAGAAACCAAUCUGCCAUCCGAUGCAUCAAUUUAUUACCGAAGACCACAGCAGGCUACGCAGUUCCCACUGGAACCAGUACCUACAAUCAAUACCCAAAAAUGGGCGGAGCUAUUUCCGGACGAUCAGCUGGAGUCAACAGCUGUCUCACGAUUACAAUCAUCCGCAGCAGGCCGCAUACCACACCGUCCUUCCCUACAUACCCAAACGCAGACUCAGACUCAAACCCAAAGCCAAGAACCGGAUAAAGCUUCGACAGAAAUCGUCCCUGAAUCUUCACCUAUUGUAUGUUGUGAAAGUGGCGAUCUUCCCCGGGCUCCUGCUACUCGAGAAUCUGUGGUACAAGUUGAGUCGUCGCAGCCCGCAGACAGAUUCCACAGGAAGGCCGACACAGAUAGAAACCCUCAGCCACGAGGCAUCCUAUCAACUAGCCAGCUUCUGACGUCGAGUGUCAUGGAGAGUAUAACAUUACCCAUGUUUUUGUUGGGCAGUCAAGACAGUAUUGGAGAGCCUUACUCCGAUACCUAACAAUUACCUAAUAGGGAGAACCCGGUCGACGAUAGUUAUAGUAACGCACAUAUACGACAAGAAACAAAUAACAACCAAUUAAUGAAAGAAUAAAGUCCUUAUUCUGCACGUACACAGGUCCACAUGCAUCAACACGUAAUAAGACCGUAGAUCAAUCAAGCGGACAGCGGGGCGUCAGUCGGCCCGUCUCUCACCCCGGGAACGGAAGCGGCUGCGGGCCACCCAAAAGUUGGCGCUCCCCUCCGC